CAGUGGUGGUGGUGGUGGAGGCCGUCCCCAUGGAGUCUGCAGCUGGGAGCCACAGCAUGUUCACCUGUGAACCUAUCACCCUGCGCCUGUGUCAGGGGCUGCUCUAUAACUCCACCUUCAUGCCCAACCUCCUCAACCACUACGACCAGCAGACCGCCGCGCUCGCCAUGGAGGUAAACACUGACUCGCAGUUUUUCAUCUCUCUCUCUCUCUCUCUCUCUCUCUCUCUCUCUCUCUCUCUCUCUCUCACUCUCUCUCACUCUCUCUCUCUCUCUCUAUCUCUCUCUCUCUCUCUCUCUCUCUCUCUCUCUCUCAUUUCAGGCAUUGCCAUUUAGUUGGGAUAGUAAGAUUAUUGCUGCUGGGUUUAAUCAAGUGCUUGAGUAGUACCGUGUGUCUGGAUGAAGAGACUGUAACUGUACUGCAACUGUACUGCAACUGUACUGCAACUGUCCUUAUCUGUGCCAGACUCUCUGAUACAUCCAGAGAGAAAGUAAGUGAGAGAGAGAGAGAGAGAGAGAGAGAGAGUCUAUUAAGGGUGUGGCUUUCAUAUAGUUAUUUUUGGCCACCUGUGAGAGUAAAUGUAAUUGCUAUUCAUCAUGCUAAAUUUGUACACUGCAAAUUAGAAUUUUCCUUGAAUAUUUCUGCACAUUAUAUAUUUUAAUAUUGUUUAUUAGCUCCGACCUGAAUGGAGUCUCUCUCUCUCUCUGGCUAAACAACAACUUGUGUGUGUUUUUUUUAAAACAGUUGUGUGAAUGACAGGGCUGUCUAUCUGAAGGAGGAGGUGGCCAAUCCCUCUCUCUCUCUCCGUCUCCUCUGCCGUAUCUCAGUCUUUUGUCUUUCGCUCCCUCCCCUUCCCCCACGCAAGGUACACUGUACGGUUGCCUGGGAAACAGGUCCCAAUUGUGUUGUUAACAAAGGAGCAGGCUUUCUGUGGCUCUCAGGAGGUGGUCCACGCUCGCCGCCCUCUGACCUCUGCUGAACACACCAUGGCCCGCCUUCAAACUAGUCCCUCCGUCAGUUGGUGCAUCAGCCGUUGUCAUGGCAGUCAGGGUAGAAAUGCAGAGAAUUGAGCAGAGAGUGGGAAAGGAAGGAAGGCGCAGAGAGGGAGAGAGAGGAGGAAGGAGAGGGGGAGAGAGGAGGAAGAGGGAGGGAGAGAGAGGAAGUGGAAGGGAGAGAGAAAGGAGAGGGAGAGAGAGGAGGAAGAGGGAGGGAGAGAGGAAGAGGGAGGGAGAGAGAAAGGAGAGGGAGAGAGAGGAGGAAGAGGGAGGGAGAGAGAGGAAGAGGAGGAAGAGGGAGGGAGAGAGAAAGGAGAGGGGGAGAGAGGAGGAAGAGGGAGGGAGAGAGAAAGGAGGGAGGGAGAGAGAGGAAGAGGGAGGGAGAGAGAGAGGAGGGAGAGGGAGAGAGAGGAGGAAGAGGGAGGGAGAGAGAAAGGAGGGAGGGAGAGAGGAAGAGGGAGGGAGAGAGAAAGGAGAGGGUGAGAGAGUAGGAAGAGGGAGGGAGAGGGACACAGAGGAGGAAGAGGGAGGGAGAGAGAAAGGAGAGGGGGAGAAAGGUAAUGAUUGAGGGAGGGAUAGAUGGGAAUGGAAGAUAGAUCCAGGAAAGUGUGAGAGAGACUUCUUCCAGAUAUAGUAGUAAAUCACUCAGAUCAGUUGUAUGUGUAGAUACAGUACAAUGUUGAUUCAUCUGUCAUUGAUUCUCUCAUCAGUGAUUUCAUUUUAGUCAAAAAUAAGCUUAACCGAACCUUGGUCUUGGAAUAGACAUCUAAAAAUACAAAAAUUUCACACACACACAAACCUCAAAGUAACAAUUCGUUUUUUAAUUGAUGUAUUUUCGAGGGCAGCCAUUUCCAGAUGACUGCAUCUAAUUUGACCACUUUUUCUGAUAUCCAAAUGUCUUAACUAACCCCAUAAAUACAUAAUGACGUUACUGCAAAUUGAAAUUGCCAUACUUUCAUACCUACCCUCAGGGCUAGAACAGUACUUGACACAACUGGAUGUACUGUGUUACAUGCUUGAGCCCCUUACAUAGUAACAGUGGAGUGAGAGGCCUGGCUCUGGGGCAACAGAACGCGACGGAAGGACGCACACACACACACACACAGACAGACACACACACGCACGCACACGCACACACAGACGCACACACACACACACAGACACACACACAGACGCACACACACACACACACACACACACACACACACAGGCUUUGUGGCAACAGCAAGCCAACCUCUGUGGCAGACACACAGCAGCUGUUUCUAAUGUGACCAAGUUACCAUAAUCCACUGUUCUGUUCCAGAGGCCGCAAGACAAGACAUCUUCACAUUUGCUUGGGCUGCCGUAUGGAUAAAGAUAACACACACACACACACACAGGAAGACCCCCCUCCAUACAGACACACACCCUGUACCGUACAUUCAUCUCCUCCUACAGCACACAUUUUGUCCUGGGGGUGAGGAGGGAGGGAGGGAGGGAGGGGAAACCCAGAUGCAUCCACUUGAAGUUCAUUAGAUCAGCCCUGUCCUGUCUCUGUCCUGUCUGUCCUGUCUCUGUCCUGUCUGUGUGUGUAAUGCACCAUGACAGGGCUCUGAUGAGGUAAUGCAUGUCACCGGACUGGAGACUUGCGAAGGUGCCACCCUGUUUUAUUCUAUACAGAGCAGAUAAAUGUGGAUGUUUUUGCCUGCUUGCUUGAUCUUAAAGAUUUGGUUAGGAAGAUGGUGCCAGGUGUGUCAUAAGGAAGAUGGUGCCAGGUGUGUCAUAAGGAAGAUGGUGCCAGGUGUGUCAUAAGGAAGAUGGUGCCAGGUGUGUCAUAAUAUGUUGGUUUAAUGAAAAGGAAUGCUGCUGAGUUGGUGUAACAGACAGAUUGGUCACUAUGAAGGAAGUUAUUCCCAUAGAGACCCUAUAAUACGCUCUAAAGUCUGGAGUCAAUCCGUAUUGCAGAAGAAACGCACUAUAGUGCGAUUGAAAUUUAAAGGCAAUGUUCCCACGUUCGCGGAGAAUGCAUUCACGCCACAGUACAUAUGUCGGCUAAAUCAAAAAUUACCUUUACAUUUCAAUUGCACAAUAACACAGAUUUUCCUUGAGACGGAUUGAAUCUAGCCCUAAAUCUGUUGUUCUUCCUAUUUUAAAGCAAGCGACCUCAGGGCCUUUUAUUCAUAAAUGAUUGAUAUGACUGCUUAAAGGAUCAGUUAAUGAUUGAUUUGACUGGUUGAUGGAUCAGUUAACGAUUGAUUUGACAGGUUGAUGGAUACAUUUUUGACAGGUGUCUUCUCUGACGUGUUGCGGUGCAGAAUCAGGUUGCUGACCUACUCCCAACAUGUUCUCCAGACCAUGAAGGGCAGGUUAUUGCCUGUAGCUGUUAACCGUGUGGUCGGUGUAUCAAACUAAGCAGCUCAUUCGCGAAACCCUAAAUAUUGUAUUGAAUGUGGAGUGUGCAAUUUGAAGAGAUUAGUAUGAAAAUGUAUGCACUAACUGUAAGUCGCUCUGGAUAAGAGUGUCUGCUAAAUGAUAAAUGUAAUGUAAAAUGUAGGUGUGUACGUGAACCAGUCUACUGAAAGACACAGAAACAACAGAAUAAACCAGACUAGUACAGAUACAGUAGAAAGUGAUCAAAGCCUACACAAAAUCAUUUCAUUUCCCUGGUGAUGAUGAUGAUGACACAUGGCAUUUGAUAUUACAAUUUAAUGCAGUAAAAUAUAUUUUCCCAGGCGAGUGCGACUUGCUGUGAAGCACAAAAAAAAAACUGCAUCUCUAGACUCAAAUACUGUAUGUGAGGAUGGAAUUCAUUUAUUAUUUUGUCCAGAUGAUGUCAGUCAUCUCAGAUGUCUGUCUGAGCCUCACGUUCCAACAGUCACUAAACCAUAAUAAAACGACACAUCAACGUCACCCCCUUUAUGUUAUGGCAGAUGGAAAAUCUGAAAGCAGAAAUAUUGCAUUUGAUAUGUACAAGGCAUUUACAAAAGCUGUCUGGAUGUGGAUGUGAUGUGGGUUCUUUGUGUGGGAAUCGGCAAGCCUAACAGCCGUCCUAAUCCUUUUAAAUACAGCCAGCCGUCUGUGAGGCAGCCCAGAACACUGGUGUCAGAAAUGAGAUCCUGUCUACUGCCAGGGUCUGCAUUUAUACAUCAUGAUGAAUGACUGGUGCAAUACCGUAUGUUGGUUAAGCUAUGGUGAUGAUGAAUGACUGGUGCAAUACAGUAUGUUGGUUAAGCUAUGGUGAUGAUGAAUGACUGGUGCAAUACAGUAUGUUUGUUAAGCUAUGGUGAUGAUGAAUGCCUGGUGCAAUACAGUAUGUUGGUUAAGCUAUGGUGAUGAUGAAUGACUGGUGCAAUACAGUAUGUUGGUUAAGCUAUGGUGAUGAUGAAUGACUGGUGUAAUACAGUAUGUUGGUUAAGCUAUGGUGAUGAUGAAUGACUGGUGCAAUACAGUAUGUUGGUUAAGCUAUGGUGAUGAUGAAUGACUGGUGCAAUACAGUAUGUUGGUUAAGCUAUGGUGAUGAUGAAUGACUGGUGCAAUACAGUAUGUUGGUUAAGCUAUGGUGAUGAUGAAUGACUGGUGCAAUACAGUAUGUUGGUUAAGCUAUGGUGAUGAUGAAUGACUGGUGGAUGUGCCUGCUAUCUUAGUCAUAGGAAGAGUGUGUGUGUGUGUGUGUGUGUGUGUGUGUGUGUGUGUAUUGAAUAGUGCUGCUGUGUAUUUCUCUUUCUUGGAGACUGAAUAUAGAUUAAGUUAAUAUAGGUUAUAGGUGACAUUAAUAUAGGUUAUGUUAAUAUAGGUUAAGUUAAUAUAGGUUAUGUUAAUAUAGGUUAUGUUAAUAUAGGUGAAGUUAAUAUAGGUUAUGUUAAUAUAGGUUAAGUUAAUAUAGGUUAUGUUAAUAUAGGUGACAUUAAUAUAGGUGAAGUUAAUAUAGGCUAUGUUAAUAUAGGUUUAGUUAAUUUAGGUUAUGUUAAUAAAGGUUAAGUUAAUAUAGGUUAUAGGUGACGUUAAUAUAGGUUAUGUUAAUAUAGGUUAUGUUAAUAUAGGUUAUGUUAAUAUAGGUUAAGUUAAUAUAGGUUAUGUUAAUAUAGGUUAUGUUAAUAUAGGUGAAGUUAAUAUAGGUUAGGUUAAUAUAGGUUAUAGGUGAAGUUAAUAUAGGUUAUGUUAAUAUAAGUUAAGUUAAUAUAGGUUAUGUUAAUAUAGGUUAAGUUAAUAUAGGUUAUGUUAAUAUAGUGAAGUUAAUAUAGGUUAUGUUAAUAUAGGUUAUGUUAAUAUAGGUUAUGUUAAUAUAGGUUAUGUUAAUAUAGGUGAAGUUAAUAUAGGUGAAGUUAAUAUAGGUGAAGUUAAUAUAGGUGAAGUUAAUAUAGGUUAUGUUAAUAUAGGUGAAGUUAAUAUACAGUGGGGAGAACAAGUAUUUGAUACACUGCUGAUUUUGCAGGUUUUCCUACUUACAAAGCAUGUAGAGGUCUGUAAUAUUUAUCAUAGGUACACGUCAACUGUGAGAGACGGAAUCUAAAACAAAAAUCUAGAAAAUCACAUUGUAUGAUUUUAAAGUAAUUAAUUUGCAUUUUAUUGCAUAACAUAAGUAUUUGAUACAUCAGAAAAGCAGAACUUAAUAUUUUGUACAGAAACCUUUCUGUUCUGGCCUUUUCUGUUCUGGCAUGUUCUGUUCUGGCCUGUUCUGUUCUGGCCUGUUCUGUUCCAAUACCCACCACUAUUAUUCCCUCUGGCUCUUUUAAUGAAAUUCCAUUUAGCACACCUGUCUUGUCCCCCUCCCCCCUCUGGGAGCUGGGAGGGUGGGGGCCCUUUCUUCACUCCCCCUGGGGAUUUGCAUACUAAAGCCAUGCCCCACAGCUGCUAGCUAGCUACCGUUCUCUCCCAGAAUGCAUGAUGGCAGAGAGGGAACUGUGUGUGUGUGUGUGUAACAGCGUGGUCCUCCUCCAAACACAAAGGACUCUCCAGAGCCCCUCCCUGUGCCUGGCGUCUGAUGAAGGGGGGGUUGGGUUACCAUGCUUUUCCAACUCCUCCUCCCUCCUCCUUUCCUCCCUCCUCCCUCUGUCUUAUUGUGCCAGGCAGAGGGAGGAAGGGGAGAGAAAGGGGGGAGGAGUAUCAUGAGGAUAGGGGGAGGAGUAUCAUGAGGAUAGGGGGAGGAGUUGUUUUUUUGAGUCAGCUCCAAACUAUGUCCGACAAGAUGUUCCUGUCUGUUUGAGCUCUUCUUUUGGCUGCACAUGAAUAUUGCUCUGCUUUAGAAGACUGUUCUGUUGUCUGUGUGUGUCUCUUUAAGGCUGAGGGGUUUGUGUGUUUAACGUGUGUUUGACAUACAGUGUGUGUGAGUUUCUCUGUGUGUAUGAUUGUACACUGAGUGUACAAAACAUUAAGAACACCUGCUCUUUCCAUGACAGACUGACCAGGUGAAUUUAGGUGAAAGCUAUGAUCCCUUAUUGAUGUCACUCAAUAUUAGGAAGGUGUUCUUUUUUUAGAUCAGCUUUAAUAUUGCAGAUAGAUUGUAACUUCCAUCAAUGUAAUUGUCUGCAUCACUUCCAAUCCCCCAUAAUUUUUUUCUCUCGCAAAUAUAUAUAUAUAUAUAUAUAUAUAUAUACAGUGAGGGAAAAAAGUAUUUGAUCCCCUGCUGAUUUUGUACGUUUGCCCACUGACAAAGACAUGACCAGUCUAUACUUUUAAUUGUAGGAUUAUUUGAACAGUGAGAGACAGAAUAACAACAACAAAAAUCCAGUAAAAUGCAUGUCAAAAAUGUUAUAAAUUGAUUUGCAUUUUGAUGAAGGAAAUAAGUAUUUGACCCCUCUGCAAAACAUGACUUAGUACUUGGUGACAAAACCCUUGUUUGCAAUCACAGAGGUCAGACGUUUCUUGUAGUUGGCCACCAGGUUUGCACACAUCUCAGGAGGGAUUUUGUCCCACUCCUCUUUGCAGAUCUUCUCCAAGUCAUUAAGGUUUCGAGGCUGACGUUUGGCAACUCGAACCUUCAGCUCCCUCCACAGAUUUUCUAUGGGAUUAAGGUCUGGAGACUGGCAAGGCCACUCCAGGACCUUAAUGUGCUUCUUCUUGAGCCACUCCUUUGUUGCCUUGGCCGUGUGUUUUGGGUCAUUGCAUUGCUGGAAUACCCAUCCACGACCCAUUUUCAAUGCCCUGGCUGAGGGAAGAGGUUCUCACCUAAGAUUUGACGGUACAUGGCCCCGUCCAUCGUCCCUUUGAUGCGGUGAAGUUGUCCUGUCCCCUUAGCAGAAAAACACCCCCAAAGCAUAAUGUUUCCACCUCCAUGUUUGACGGUGGGGAUGGUGUUCUUGGGGUCAUAGGCAGCAUUCCUCCUCCUCCAAACACGGCGAGUUGAGUUGAUGCCAAAGAGCUCCAUUUUGGUCUCAUCUGACCACAACACUUUCACCCAGUUCUCCUCUGAAUCAUUCAGAUGCCUUGCGGGCGCUGCAGGAUUUCAGUCCUUCACGGCGUAGUGUGUUACCGAUUGUUUUCUUGGUGAUUAUGGUCCCAGCUGCCUUGAGAUCAUUGACAAGAUCCUCCCGUGUAGUUCUGGGCUGAUUCCUCGCCGUUCUCCUUAUCAUUGCAACUCCACGAGGUGAGAACUUGCAUGGAGCCCCAGGCCGAGGGAGAUUGACAGUUAUUUUGUGUUUCUUCCAUUUGCGAAUAAUCGCACCAACUGUUGUCACCUUCUCACCAAGCUGCUUGGCGAUGGUCUUGUAGCCCAUUCCAGCCUUGUGUAGGUCUACAAUCUUGUCCCUGACAUCCUUGGAGAGCUCUUUGGUCUUGGCCAUGGUGGAGAGUUUGGAAUCUGAUUGAUUGAUUGCUUCUGUGGACAGGUGUCUUUUAUACAGGUAACAAGCUGAGAUUAGGAGCACUCCCUUUAAGAGUGUGCUCCUAAUCUCAGCUCGUUACCUGUAUAAAAGACACCUGGGAGCCAGAAAUCUUUCUGAUUGAGAGGGGGUCAAAUUCUUAUUUCCCUCAUUAAAAUGCAAAUCAAUUUAUGACAUUUUUUACAUGCGUUUUUCUGGAUUUUGUUGUUGUUAUUCUGUCUCUCACUGUUCAAAUAAACCUACCAUUAAAAUUAUAGACUGAUCAUUUCUUUGUCAGUGGGCAAACGUACAAAAUCAGCAGGGGAUCAAAUACCUUUUUCCCUCACUGUAUAUAUAUAUAUAUAUAUAUAUAUACAGUGGGGAGAACAAGUAUUUGAUACACUGCCGAUUUUGCAGGUUUUCCUACUUACAAAGCAUGUAGAGGUCUGUAAUUUUUAUCAUAGGUACACUUCAACUGUGAGAGACGGAAUCUAAAACAAAAAUCCAGAAAAUCACAUUGUUUGAUUUUUAAGUAAUUAAUUUGCAUUUUAUUGCAUGACAUAAGCAUUUGAUCACCUACCAACCAGUAAGAAUUCCGGCUCUCACAGACCUGUUAGUUUUUCUUUAAGAAGCCCUCCUGUUCUCCACUCAUUACCUGUAUUAACUGCACCUGUUUGAACUCGUUUCCUGUAUAAAAGACACCUGUCCACACACUCAAUCAAACAGACUCCAACCUCUACACAAUGGCCAAGACCAGAGAGCUGUGUAAGGACAUCAGGGAUAAAUUUGUAGACCUGCACAAGGCUGGGAUAGGCUACAGAACAAUAGGCAAGCAGCUUGGUGAGAAGGCAACAACUGUUGGCGCAAUUAUUAGAAAAUGGAAGAAGUUCAAGAUGACGGUCAAUCACCCUCGGUCUGGGGCUCCAUGCAAGAUCUCACCUCGUGGGGUAUCAAUGAUCAUGAGGAAGGUGAGGGAUCAGCCCAGAACUACAUGGCAGGACAUGGUCAAUGACCUGAAGAGAGCUGGGAGCACAGUCUCAAAGAAAACCUUAAGUAACACACUACGCCGUCAUGGAUUAAAAUCCUGCAGCGCACGCAAGGUCCCCCUGCUCAAGCCAGCGCAUGUCCAGGCCCGUCUGAAGUUUGCCAAUGACCAUCUGGAUGAUCCAGAGGAGGAAUGGGAGAAGGUCAUGUGGUCUGAUGAGAGAAAAAUAGAACUUUUUGGUCUAAACUCCACUCGCCAUUUUUUGGAGGAAGAAGAAGGAUGAGUACCACCCCAAGAACACCAUCCCAACCGUGAAGCAUGGAGGUGGAAACAUCAUUCUUUGGGGAUGCUUUUCUGCAAAGGGGACAGGACGACUGCACCGUAUUGAGGGGAGGAUGGAUGGGGCCAUGUAUCGCGAGAUCUUGGCCAACAACCUCCUUCCCUCAGUAAGAGCAUUGAAGAUGGGUCGUGGCUGGGUCUUCCAGCAUGACAACGACCCGAAACACACAGCCAGGGCAACUAAGGAGUGGCUCCGUAAGAAGCAUCUCAAGGUCCUGGAGUGGCCUAGCCAGUCUCCAGACCUGAACCCAAUAGAACAUCUUUGGAGGGAGCUGAAAGUCCGUAUUGCCCAGUGACAGCCCCGAAACCUGAAGGUUCUGGAGAAGGUCUGUAUGGAGGGGUGGGCCAAAAUCCCUGCUGCAGUGUGUGCAAACCUGGUCAAGACCUACAGGAAACGUAUGAUCUCUGUAAUUGCAAACAAAGGUUUCUGUACCAAAUAUUAAGUUCUGCUUUUCUGAUGUAUCAAAUACUGAUGUCAUGCAAUAAAAAAACUUAAAAAUCAUACAAUGUGAUUUUCUGGAUUUUUGUUUUAGAUUCCGUCUCUCACAGUUGAAGUGUACCUAUGAUAAAUAUUACAGACCUCUACAUGCUUUGUAAGUAGGAAAACCUGCAAAAUCGGCAGUGUAUCAAAUACUUGUUCUCACCACUGUAUAUACACAUACACAUAUACAUACAUACAUACAGUGAGGGAAAAAAGUAUUUGAUCCCUUGCUGAUUUUGUACGUUUGCCCACUGACAAAGAAAUGAUCAGUCUAUAAUUUUAAUGGUAGGUUUAUUUGAACAGUGAGAGACAGAAUAACAACAAAAAAAUCCAGAAAAACGCAUGUAAAAAAUGUUAUAAAUUGAUUUGCAUUUGAAUGAGGGAAAUAAGAAUUUGACCCCCUCUCAAUCAGAAAGAUUUCUGGCUCCCAGGUGUCUUUUAUACAGGUAACGAGCUGAGAUUAGGAGCACACUCUUAAAGGGAGUGCUCCUAAUCUCAGUUUGUUACCUGUAUAAAAGACACCUGUCCACAGAAGCAAUCAAUCAAUCAGAUUCCAAACUCUCCACCAUGGCCAAGACCAAAGAGCUCUCCAAGGAUGUCAGGGACAAGAUUGUAGACCUACACAAGGCUGGAAUGGGCUACAAGACCAUCGCCAAGCAGCUUGGUGAGAAGGUGACAACAGUUGGUGGGAUUAUUCGCAAAUGGAAGAAACACAAAAUAACUGUCAAUCUCCCUCGGCCUGGGGCUCCAUGCAAGUUCUCACCUCGUGGGGUUGCAAUGAUAAGGAGAACGGCGAGGAAUCAGCCCAGAACUACACGGGAGGAUCUUGUCAAUGAUCUCAAGGCAGCUGGGACCAUAGUCACCAAGAAAACAAUUGGUAACACACUACGCCGUGAAGAACUGAAAUCCUGAAGCGCCCGCAAGGUCCCCCUGCUCAAGAAAGCACAUAUACAGGGCCGUCUGAAGUUUGCCAAUGAACAUCUGAAUGAUUCAGAGGAGAACUGGGUGAAAGUGUUGUGGUCAGAUGAGACCAAAAUCAAGCUCUUUGGCAUCAACUCAACUCGCCGUGUUUGGAGGAGGAGGAAUGCUGCCUAUGACCCCAAUAACACCAUCCCCACCGUCAAACAUGGAGGUAGAAACAUUAUGCUUUGGGGGUGUUUUUCUGCUAAGAGGACAGGACAACUUCACCGGGGCAAUGGACGGGGCCAUGUACCGUCAAAUCUUGGGUGAGAACCUCCUUCCCUCAGCCAGGGCAUUGAAAAUGGGUCGUGUAUGGGUAUUCCAGCAUGACAAUGACCCAAAACACACGGCCAAGGCAACAAAGGAGUGGCUCAAGAAGAAGCACAUUAAGGUCCUGGAGUGGCCUAGCCAGUCUCCAGACCUUAAUCCCAUAGAAAAUCUGUGGAGGGAGCUGAAUGUUCGGCCUCGAAACCUUAAUGACUUGAAGAAGAUCUGCAAAGAGGAGUGGAACAAAAUCCCUCCUGAGAUGUGUGCAAACCUGGUGGCCAACUACAAGAAACGUCUGACCUCUGUGAUUGCAAACAAGGGUUUUGCCACCAAGUACUAAGUCAUGUUUUGCAGAGGGGUCAAAUACUUAUUUUCCUCAUUAAAAUGUAAAUCAAUUUAUAACAUUUUUGACAUGCGUUUUUCUGGAUUUUGUUGUUGUUAUUCUGUCUCUCACUGUUCAAAUAAUCCUACCAUUAAAAUUAUAGACUGAUCAUUUCUUUGUCAGUGGGCAAACGUACAAAAUCAGCAGGGGAUCAAAUACUUUUUUCCCCUCACUGUACAUAUAAAUAUUUUGUACACUCAGUGUACAAUUAUCUAUAAGGUUCCUAAGUCGAGCAGUGAAUUUCAAACACAGAUUCAACCACAAAGGCCAGGGAGUUUAUCCAAUGCCUCGCAAAGAAGGGCACCUAUUGGUGGAUUGUAAAAAAACAAAACAAAAAACAAAGAAAACAGACAUUGAAUAUCCCAUUGAACAUGGUGAAGUUAUUAAUUACACUUUUGAUGGUGUAUCAAUAUACCCAGCCACUACAACGAUACAGGCGUCCUUCCUAACACAGUUGCCGGAGAGGAAGGAAACCGCUCAGGGAUUUCACCAUAAGGCCAAUGGUGACUUUAAAACAGUUACAGAGUUUAAUGGCUGUGAUAGGAGAAAACUGAGGAUGGAUCAACAGCGUUGUAGUUACUCCACAAUACUAACCUAAAUGACAGAGUGAAAAGAAGGAAGCCUGUACAAAAUAAAAAUAUUCCAAAACAUGCAUCCUGUUUGCAAUAAGGCACUAAAGUAAAACUUCAAAAAAUGUGGCAAAGAAAUUUACUUUAUGUCCUGAAUACAAAGCAUUAUGUUUGGGGCAAACACAACACAUCACUGAGUACCACUCUUCAUAUUUUCAAGCAUGGUGGUGGCUGCAUCAUGUUAUCAGUAUGCUUGUCAUUGGCAAGGCCUAGGGAGUUUUUUAGGAUACAAAUAAAUGGAAUAGAGCUAAGAAAAGGCAAACCUGCUUCAGUCUGCUUUCCAACAGACACUGGGAGACAAAUUCCCCUUUCAACAGGACAAUUAUCUAAAACACAAGGCCAAGAUGACACUGAAUGUUCCUGAGUGGCCUAGUUACAAUUUUGACUUAAAUCGGCUUGAAAAUCUAUGGCAAGUCUUGAAAAUGGCUGUCUAGCAAUGAUCAAUGAAAGAGCUGGUGCUCUUUCAUGCCGUCCCUGGGAGGGGUGCGUCACUUGAGUGGGUUGAGUUACUGACGUGAUCUUCCUGUCUGGGUUGGCGCCCCCCCCUUGGUUUGUGCUGUGGUGGAGACCUCUGUGGGCUAUACUCGGCCUUGUCUCAGGAUUGUAAGUUGGUGGUUGGGGAUAUCCCUCUGGUGAUGCGGGGGCUGUGCUUUGGCGGAGUGGGUGGGGUUAUAUCCUUCCUGUUUGGCCCUGUCCGGGGGUUUCUUCGGAUGGGGCCACAGUGUCUCCGGACCGCUCCUGUCUCAGCCUCCAGUAUUUAUGCUGCAGUAGUUUAUGUGUCGGGGGGCUGGGGUUAGUUGGUUAUACCUGGAGUACUUCUCCUGUCUUAUCCAGUGUCCUGUGUGAAUUUAAGUAUGCUCUCUCUAAUUCUCUCGUUCUCUCUUUCUCUCUGAGAACCUGAGCCCUAGGACCAUACGUCAGGACUACCGGGCAUGAUGACACCUUGCUGUCCCCAGUCCGCCUGGCCUUGCUGCUAUUCCAGUUUCAACUGUUCUGCCUGCGGCUACGAAACCCCUACCUGUCCCAGACCUGCUGUUUUCAACUCUUAAUGAUCGGCUAUGAAAAGCCAACUGAGAGACCUGAGCCCUAGGACCAUACGUCGGGACUACCGGCCGUGGUGACUCCUUGCUGUCCCCAGUCCGCCUGGCCUUGCUGCUAUUCCAGUUUAAACUGUUCUGCCUGCGGUUAUGGAACCCCUACCUGUCCCAGACCUGCUGUUUUCAAACUCUUAAUGAUCGGCUAUGAAAAGCCAACUGAGAUUUAUUCCUGAUUAUUAUUUGACCAUGCUUGUCACUUAUGAACAUUUUUGAACAUCUUGGCAUGGUUCUGUUAUAAUCUCCACCCGGCACAGCCAGAAGAGGACUGGCCACCCCUCAUAGCCUGGUUCCUCUCUAGGUUUCUUCCUAGGUUUUUGCCUUUCUAGGGAGUUUUUCCUAGCCACCGUGCUUCUACACCUGCAUUACUAGCUGUUUGGGGUUUUAGGCUGGGUUUCUGUACAGCACUUCGAGAUAUUAGCUGAUGUAAGAAGGGCUAUAUAAAAUAAAAUUGAUUGAAAUUGAUUGAUCAACAGCCAACUUGAUAGUUUGAAUAAUUUUUUUAAAGAAUAAUGUGCAAGUGUCGUAGUAAAUAUUAAAAUGUUAUAGCUUGGUCUGACUAAAAUCUUGUGCAUGACCCAUUUUAAUGUUAGGAGCUUGUUUUCAAUCAAUGCUGUUCCUAUGCAAGAACAAUGGACAGAGCCAAUAUCUUCUCAAGGACAACACCCACGCCACAGGCCACAAUCCGGUUGCUCCCCACGAGUCUUUCCUUUGAGAACAUACACACAUUCACACACACAUCUCCAUGCAUACGCACACUCAUCCUCAUGCCUCACGAGUUACGCACACACACAAACUGCACUUCUUUCUACUGGUCGGGUGCCUAGGGCAGAGGACUCUGCCGUGCACAAAAUGGGGCUUCUACUCUGGACAGAGCAGACCCGCCUCCUACGCCUCCGGAACCAAUCAAGGGACUAGAAGAAGGACCCCUUCCUUUGUGUUGCAUUGUAUAAAGUAAUGCUGAAAACUCUGUUUUUGAUCCCUUUUCAACUGUCUCCAUAAGAGGCAACUGAAUGGGUCCAUGCAUGUAGCUUGAGCAGUACCAGCUAUCUCUGUUGUUUAAUAAACUGCCUUUUGCUUAAGCAUAUUCCUCUCCGUCUAGCGUCGUUGGUUUGUACUUCCUCUCCUUAUGGUUCCACCAACACAAGUAUUGUACAAUCCAGUAGGCUUGGGCGUUAUCCAGAUUUCCAUACCGCCAUCCCGGGAUUUACGAUAUUACCGGUAUAGCACACAAGGGGAAGCAAAAAACACAAAAAAGCCCAUUGGGCGUCUAUUACCAAAAUGCUAAAGAAAUUAGCACAAGUAAUAGCGAAAUCACAUAGACGUGGCUAGCUAAAUGCUAAUGAGCGAAAACGAACAUAAGCUAAUUGCAAAGACAGGCAAAUCCAGCUCAUAAAGUUAUACAAGCAUAGCUAGUAGCUACCAAAUGUUAUUUUCGGUUAGUGUGGACAUUUACAAGUGAAAGUGAAUGAGAGAAAUUGUGCAAAUCAACAAAGUUGUGAUGCAUGUUUUUCUGAAGGAAGAGCAUGUGUACAUGGAGCAGAGGGGAGAAAAACUGAGGAGAAAAAAAAACGCAGGUAGGAAGCAAAAGGACCGCUAUACCUGAUGCAGUGAAAAUAAUUAAAAACAUUGAAUAAUGAAGUAAGCUUUAUGCGACAUCUUUUUGAGUGCAGCUCACCAAGAGCUCUUUGACUUUUCAAACACGGCAGAAAGCCAUUAUAUGAUGGCAAACAUUUAGUAGUGAAUUACAUACAAGUGUAAACUUCAUUACCACAUGUGCACAACAGAGAUUUGCCGAUAGAUAUAGAACGCUAUGGACUCACCAGCUCCCGCUUUCUCCUGUUGUGCUAUUUACAAACAAACUGGCUGAACUGUUCUGGGGAACUACGGUAAGCUUCAUAAUGUAAAAUGAUGUGACAGGUGAAGUGAAAAAAUACAUCUGCUUUAUCUCAUAGCAUACUGCUCAAGUUGACUGCAAGUAUUAACUUAAAAAGUCGCUACAAAUAUUCAAAUUUAUUGAAAAUUUUAAAAUAAAUAGUUUUGAUGGUAUUGAAAAACCAUCCCAUGGCUUUCUCCAAAUAUCCCGGUAUAUGGUAUAUAUGGUAUACCGCCCAAGUAUGCAAAGCUCUUAGAGACUUACCCAGAAAGACUCACAGCUGUAAUUGCUGCCAAAGGUGAUUCUAACAUUGACUCAGGGGGUUGAAUACUUAUGUAAUCAAGAUAUAUAUAUAUAUAUAUAUAUAUAUAUAUAUAUAUAUAUUUUUACAAAUGUUAGAAUUUUUCUUCCACUUUGACAUUACAGAGUACUUUGUGUAGAUCGUUGACAAAAAAUGACAAUUAAAUCCAUUUUAAUCUCCCACACACAAAACACAGCAUUGCUAUACACUUCCUGACAGCCGUGUGUUUUCCCCUCCGCAGCCCUUCCAUCCAAUGGUGAACCUGCAGUGUUCCUCAGAGCUGAGGAUGUUCCUGUGUGCCCUCUAUGCUCCGGUGUGUACUGAGUACGGACGCAUGACGCUGCCCUGCCGACGGCUGUGCCAGAGAGCCAAGGGAGACUGCUACAAACUCAUGGACAUAUUCGGAGUCACCUGGCCAGAAGAGAUGGACUGUAACAGGUUAGUAGUCUACUGUACUCUAGGGUACAGUUUUACACAGUGUACCUUUACACAUCUGAGGCAAAUACAAUUUUUGUAUCAUCCUUUUAUCACUAAUUUCUCAGAAAAUACUUGCUAAUUUCUGUACCAUAACAUCAAUAAGAAUGACAUGGCAAAAUGUUAAUUAAACAAUAGUAACACAUAAUUUCCUAGCAAAUACAACGUAAAAUCUGAGGAAACUGUCCCGUAAAAUAAAGGUUUAGCUUUGUGUCUUUCUCUAAGGUAAAUAUAAUGUGUCUAACAUAAGCUGUUUCCUCUCCGUACACCAGGUUCCCAGACUGUGACGAGCCAUACCCCCGUCCUGUAGACCUGCUCUCCAGCGCAGACUCCACUGAGUCGCCUAUCUCCGUCCAGCGCGACUAUGGCUUCUGGUGCCCCCGUGAGCUCAAGAUCGACCCCGACCUGGGCUACACCUUCCUGGGCAUGAGGGAUUGCUCACCCCCCUGCCCCAACAUGUACUUCCAGCGGGACGAGCUGGUGUUCGCCCGCUACUUUAUUGGCGUGGUGUCCAUCGUCUGUCUCUCGGCAACACUCUUCACCUUCCUCACCUUCCUCAUCGACGUGUCCAGGUUCCGCUACCCGGAGCGGCCAAUCAUCUUCUACGCCGUGUGCUACAUGAUGGUGUCGCUGGUAUUCUUCCUGGGCUUCCUACUGGAGGACCGGGUGGCGUGCAACGCGGCGAGCCCCGGCCGCUUCCGGGCGCACACCGUCACCCAGGGCUCCCACAACAAGGUGAACAUCCGUUGUCUUAGUGAUUGAUUAAUUAAUAACUGAUUGAUUGAAUUAGUUUCAAUUUUCUCUUUGACAUUUAGGGCUAUUGUAAAUAAAAAAAAUACAAUUAUAUGUUUGAUAUUCUUUAUGUUCUUGGAUUUUCAAAGUCUUCUGUCUAAUCUAAACAUCAUUCUCUUCUCAUUUUCCCCUCCUCCCUCUCCAUCCCUCCUCCCUCUCCAUCCCUCCCCAUCCUUCUCUCUCUCCAUCCCUUCUCCUUCUCCAUCCUCCUCCCCCUCCAUCCCUUCUUCCUCUCCAUGCUCCUCCCUCUCCAUCCUUCUCUCUCUCCAUCCCUUCUCCCUGUCUCCAUCCUUCCUCCUACCCCUCUCCAUCCUUCUUCCUCUCCCUCUCCUUCUCCCUCUCCAUCUCUCCCUCUCAACUCCUCCUCUCCUUCCCUCCUUCCUUCUCCUCUCCUUCCUUCUACUCUCUCCCUCUCCAUCCUCUACCUCCAUCCCUCCUCCCUCUCCUCCUCCAUCCCGUCCUCGUCCUCUCCUCCUUCUCCUCCCUCUCCACUCUCCUCCUCCCUCUCCAUCCCCUCCGUCCCUCUCCAUCCCUCCUCCCUGCUCCACCCUCCCUCCUCGUCUCCUCCUCCUCCUCCCUCUCCCACCCUCCUCCCUCUCCAUCCUCUGCUCCCUCCUCCUCCCCUCUCCCCAUCCCUCCUCGGCAUCUCCUCCUUCUCCCCCCUCCCGUCCUCCCUCUCCAUCUCAUCCCUCUCCCUCUCCUUCUCCCUCCUCUCCUCCUACCUCCGGGAUCCCUCCUACCCUCCUCCCCUCCAUCCUUCUCCCUCUCCUCCCUCCUCGGUCUCCUCCCCAUGCCCUCCUCCGCUUCUCCCAUCCUCCUUUCCCUCUCCAUCCCGUCUCCCUCUCCAGUCCUGCCCCCUCCUCCUCCCGUCUCCCUCCCAUCUGUUCUCCCUCUCCCUCCUUCUUCCCCUCUCCCUCCCUCCUCCCUCUCCAUCCUCCCCCUGCUCCAUCCCUCCUCCCUCUCCAGUAUCCUUCUCUCCCUCUCCUCCCUUCCCCCCUCCAUCCUCUCUCCCCCUCCAUCCUCCUCCGCUCUCCAUCCCUCCACCCCUCUCAUCCCUCCUCCCCUCUCCAUCACCUUCUCCCUCUCGCAUCCCUCUCCCACUCCUCCUCCUGCCCCCUCCAUCCAUCCGCUCCCUCUCCAUCUCCUCUCCUCCUCCUCCCUCUCCAUCCCUCCUCCCUCUCCAUCCCUUCCUCCCUCUCCAUUCCCUCCACCACCCCUCCAUCCUUCCUCCCUCCCUCCCUCCCCUCCUCCCUCUCCUCUCCAUCUCUCUCCCUCCUCCCCUCCCUCCAUCCUCUCUUCCCUCUCCCUCCUCCCUCUCCUCCUCCUUCCUUCUCCCUCUCCCACCCUCCUCCCUCUCCAUCCCUCUCCUCCCUCUCCACCCUCCUCCUCUCCAUCCUUCCUUUCUCCCUCUCCCACCCUCCUCCCUCUCCAUCUCUCCAUCCCUCCCUCCCUCUCCUCUCCACUCCCUCCUCCCUCUCCAUCCCUCCUCCCUCUCCAUCCCCUCCCUGCCUCCCUCUCCAUCCUCUCUCCCCUUCCAUCCCUCCUCCCCCUCCCCUCCCUCUCCAUCCCUCCUCCCUCUCCCUCCCUCCCAUCCCCCCUCCCCCCAUCCCUCUCCUCCCUCUCCCUCCCUCCCUCCUCCCUCCCCCCUCCCCCUCCAUCCUCCCUCCCUCCCCAUCCUCUCCUCCCCCUCCCUCACCCCUCCUCCCCCUCACCUCCUCCUCCCUCCCCCUUCCCCCUCCCUCUCCUCCCGCUCCAUCCUGCUCCUCCACCCUCUCCUCUCCUCUUCCUCCCUCUCCUCUCCUCCCCUCCUCCCUCCAUCCUCCUCCCCUCCAUCCCUCCCCCUUCAUCCUCCACUCUCCCUCUCCUCCUCUCCAUCCUCCACCCUCCUUUCUCCCUCUCCCAUCCCUCCUCCCUCCUCCCUCUCCUCCUCCCUCUCCCAUCCUUCUCCGUCUCCUCUCCUCCCUCCCAUCCCUCCUCCUCUCACCUCUCCUCCUCUCACCCCAUCCCUCCUCUCCCCUCCCUCGCCCGCCUUCUCCCUCCCUCCCAAUGCCCUCCUCUCCAUCACUCCCUUCCCCUCCUCCCUCUCCCUCCCUUCUCCUCCUCUCCCUCCCUGCUGCCCUGCCUCCCUCUCCGCUCCGCCUCCUCUCCCUCUUCCCUCCUCCUCCCAUCCCUCUCCACCCUCCCUUCUCCCUCUCCACUCCCUUCGUCCCUCUCCCUCCCUCCUCACUCUCCCAUCCCCCCUCCCUCUCCAUCCCUUCUCCAUCUCCUCCCUCUCCAUCCCUUCUCCCUCUCCAUCCCUCCUCCCCCUCCAUCCCUCCUCCCUCUCCCCAUCCCUCCUCCCCUCAUCCCUCCCUGCUCCCUCGUCCAUCCCUCCUCCCUCUCAAUCCCACCUUCUCCCUCUCCUCCAUCCCUCCUCCCUCAUCAUCUCCCUCCUCCCCUUCCACUCCCUCCUCCCUCUCCCUCCCUCCCUCCUCCCUCCCUCUCCAUUCCCCUCCCCCUCCCCCCCUCCAUCCCUCCCCUCGUCCAUCCCCACCCUCCCUCUCCCUUCUCCUCCCCCUCCCAUCCCUCUCCCUCUCCCCUCCCUCCUCCCCGUUCCCCUCCCUUCUCCCUCCCCAUCCCUCCUCCCUCUCCAUCCUUCCUCUCUCCUCCCCCUCCCUCCCUCCCUCCUCCCCCUCCCUUCUCCUCCCUCUCCCUCCCUUCCCCCUCCAUCCCUUCCCCCCUCCCUCCCUCCUCCCCCCCCUCAUUCCCUCCUUCCUCCCCGCCCCCCUCUCCCUCCCCCCCUCCCCUCCUUCCCUCUCCCUCUUUCUCCCCUCCUUCCCUCCUCCCCCUCUUUGCCCUCCUCUCAUCCUCCCUCCCUCCUUCUCCCUCUCCUCCUUUCCCCCUCUCCUCCUCCCCCCCUGCCCCUCUCCCGCCUUCCUCUCCUCCUCUCUUCCGCCCUACUCCUUCCCCCAUCCAUCCCUCCCUCAUCUCCCUCUUCCCUCCUCUCCCCCUCCCCUUCAUCUUCCCCUCCCCCUCCUUCAAGGCGUGCACGUUGCUCUUUAUGGCGCUCUACUUCUUCACCAUGGCAGGCAGUGUGUGGUGGGUCAUCCUCACCCUCACCUGGUUCCUGGCUGCCGUGCCUAAGUGGGGCAGCGAGGCCAUAGAGAAGAAGGCCCUGCUCUUCCAUGCCUGUGCCUGGGGCCUGCCCGGCUGUCUCACCGUCACUCUACUAGCAAUGAACAAGAUAGAAGGGGAUAGUGUCAGCGGGGUGUGUUUCGUGGGGCUGUAUGACCGCACGGCGCUGAGAUGGUUCCUGCUGGCUCCCCUGGGUCUGGAUGUAUUGGUGAGUGGGCUGGAAUGAGUCAGAGGAAGUAGGUGUGAGUCACAAUUGGCAGACUAUUCCCUAUACAGUGGGGAAAAAAAGUAUUUAGUCAGCCACUAAUUGUGCAAGUUCUCUCACUUAAAAAGAUGAGAGAGGCCUGUAAUUUUCAUCAUAGGUACACGUCAACUAUGACAGACAAAUUGAGAAAAAAAAAUCCAGAAAAUCACAUUGUAGGAUUUUUAAUGAAUUUAUUUGCAAAUUAUGGUGGAAAAUAAGUAUUUGGUCACCUACAAACAAGCAAGAUUUCUGGCUCUCACAGACCUCUAACUUCUUCUUUAAGAGGCUCCUCUGUCCUCCACUUGUUACCUGUAUUAAUGGCACCUGUUUGAACUUGUUAUCAGUAUAAAAGACACCUGUCCACAACCUCAAACAGUCACACUCCAAACUCCACUAUGGCCAAGACCAAAGAGCUGUCAAAGGACACCAGAAACAAAAUUGUAGACCUGCACCAGGCUGGGAAGACUGAAUCUGCAAUAGGUAAGCAGCUUGGUAUUAAGAAAUCAACUGUGGGAGCAAUUAUUAGGAAAUGGAAGACAUACAAGACCACUGAUAAUCUCCCUCGAUCUGGGGCUCCACGCAAGAUCUCACCCCGUGGGGUCAAAAUGAUCACAAGAACGGUGAGCAAAAAUCCCAGAACCACACGGGGGGACCUAGUGAAUGACCUGCAGAGAGCUGGGACCAAAGUAACAAAGCCUACCAUCAGUAACACACUACGCCGCCAGGGACUCAAAUCCUGCAGUGCCAGACGUGUCCCCCUGCUUAAGCCAGUACAUGUCCAGGCCCGUCUGAAGUUUGCUAGAGUGCAUUUGGAUGAUCCAGAAGAGGAUUGGGAGAAUGUCAUAUGGUCAGAUGAAACCAAAAUAUAACUUUUUGGUAAAAACUAAACUCGUCGUGUUUGGAGGACAAAGAAUGCUGAGUUGCAUCCAAAGAACACCAUACCUACUGUGAAGCAUGGGGGUGGAAACAUCAUGCUUUGGGGCUGUUUUUCUGCAAAGGGACCAGGACGACUGAUCCGUGUAAAGGAAAGAAUGAAUGGGGCCAUGUAUCGUGAGAUUUUGAGUGAAAACCUCCUUCCAUCAGCAAGGGCAUUGAAGAUGAAACGUGGCUGGGUCUUUCAGCAUGACAAUGAUCCCAAACACACCGCCCGGGCAACGAAGGAGUGGCUUCGUAAGAAGCAUUUCAAUGUCCUGGAGUGGCCUAGCCAGUCUCCAGAUCUCAACCCCAUAGAAAAUCUUUGGAGGGAGUUGAAAGUCCGUGUUGCCCAGCGACAGCCCCAAAACAUCACUGCUCUAGAGGAGAUCUGCAUGGAGGAAUGGGCCAAAAUACCAGCAACAGUGUGUGAAAACCUUGUGAAGACUUACAGAAAACGUUUGACCUGUGUCAUUGCCAACAAAGGGUGUAUAACAAAGUAUUGAGAAACUUUUGUUAUUGACCAAAUACUUAUUUUCCACCAUAAUUUGCAAAUAAAUUCAUAAAAAAUCCUACAAUGUGAUUUUCUGGAUUUCUUUUCUCAGUUUGUCUGUCAUAGUUGACGUGUACCUAUGAUGAAAAUUACAGGCCUCUCUCAUCUUUUUAAGUUGGAGAACUUGCACAAUUGGUGGCUGACUAAAUACUUUUUCCCCCCACUGUAUAGGCAAGAGGGUGGCAUUUGGGACACAGGCUAGGUGAUUCAUGUGUGCACAAGGUUUACGUUUGCACAUGCACAAAGUUCAGUAAACAUGUUGACACUGUUUGUGUCUGCUCCUUUGAUUAUACCACAGACCUACACAUCUCAACAUUCAUUAAAAAGUGGAUCUGGGCCUCCCGAGUGGCGCAGCAGUCUAAGGCAAUGCAUUGCAGUGCUUGAGGCGUCACUACAGACGCAUCGCUGUGCUUGAGGUGUCACUACAGACCCGGGUUCGAUUCCAGGCUGUGUCACAGCUGGCUGUGACCGGGAGACCCAUGAGGCGGCGCACAAUUGGCCCAGCGUCGUCCGGGUUAGGGGAGGGUUUGGCCGGCCGGGAUUUCCUUGUCCCAUCACGUUCUAGUGACUCCUUGUGGUGGGCCGGGUGCCUGCAAGCUGACUUUGGUUGCCAGCUGUUUCCUCAUUGGUGCAGCUGGCGUCCGGGUUAAGCGAGCAGUGCGGCUUGGAAGGGUCAUGUUUCGGAGGACGCAUGGCUCUCGACCUUCGCCUCUCCCGAGUCCGUAGGGGAGUUGCAGCGAUUGGAUAAGACUGUAUCUACCAAUUUGGGGAGUAAAAAGUAAAUAAAACCAUAUUUACUUCCUGGUCUUUCUUAUAUAAUCUUUUGUCUAUUCCUUCAAUAUCAACUCUGUCUGAUUCUAGGUGGGCGUGGCGUUACUGUUAGCGGGAAUCCUUGCAUUAAACCGAGUGCGUAUGGAGCUCCCUCUGGCGAAGGAUAACCAGGACAAGCUGGUGAAGUUUAUGAUCCGUAUUGGGGUGUUCUCUGUGCUCUACCUGGUCCCUCUGUUGACGGUCAUAGCCUGCUACCUGUAUGAGAACAGCUAUAGGACUGUCUGGGAGACUACCUGGGUGCAGGAGCGCUGCAGAGAGUACCACAUCCCCUGUCCAUACCAGGUGAGAUCCAGACCACUACACCACAUCCCCUGUCUAUACCAGGUGAGAUCCAUACCACUACACCACAUCCCCUGUCCAUACCAGUUGAGAUCCACACCACUACACCACAUCCCCUGUCUAUACCAGGUGAGAUCCAGACCACUACACCACAUCCCCUGUCCAUACCAGGUGAGAUCCAGACCACUACACCACAUCCCCUGUCUAUACCAGGUGAGAUCCAUACCACUACACCACAUCCCCUGUCCAUACCAGGUGAGAUCCAUACCACUACACCACAUCCCAUGUCCAUACCAGGUGAGAUCCAGACCACUACACCACAUUCCCUGUACAUACCAGGUGAGAUCCACACCACUACACCACAUCCCCUGUCCAUACCAGGUGAGAUCCAUACCACUACACCACAUCCCAUGUCCAUACCAGGUGAGAUCCAGACCACUACACCACAUUCCCUGUACAUACCAGGUGAGAUCCACACCACUACACCACGUCCCGUGUCCAUACCAGGUGAGAUCCACACCACUACAUCACAUCCCCUGUCCAUACCAGGUGAGAUCCAUACCACUACAGCACAUCCCCUGUCCAUACCAGGUGAGAAUUUGCCUAAUUACAAGAAACAAAUACUCUGUUGCUGGGCAAAUAUGCAUCUUAUAUAAACACAUUUGAUUAACUCUCUAAGUUCUAGUCUACUAAUAGUCAUACAUUAUUAGUUUAACUGAGGGUGUGACAUUUUAGUCAUAUCUUACUCACACAUUUCUUUAUCAAUAAUACCAUGUUCCGAGCACGCAAAUUGGAGCACGCAUCAGUCAGAGUAUGAGUCCAAAUCAAAGUCUGCGAAACGUAGCACGGAGGGCACUUCUCGGAUGCGUACUCCGCUUGUACACAUUUCGAAGCAUGCAUCGAUGAAAGCUUCAACAGAAAGUAUGCACAGAAAUAUGACACAACCACGUAAAAACAACACAAUAUUUCUUGAAAUCCAUUUUUUGGGCUGAAGCAAGAGAAAAUAAACUCAGACAUCAGAAUGAAAUGUUGCCCAUUCACAUUUCAUCUGUUGCCUGACUACAAUACUGUAUCUUGAAACGUGAAUAAAUUCAUACUGUAUUAAUUUUGGCAUGUUUACCUGCCUACAAUACCCACUGUAGUGUGAGUAGAAUGCAACCCCAUAGUAAGUCAAUAGGGCUAACUGGCUAGCCACGAAUAAUUAGUAGCCAGCUAGUCAUGAAGAAUUGACAGCUAGUCAUCUACCUUGCAAAACAUUUGUUUGGCUUGUCAUUGAUAAUAGACAACAAUCAUUUGUUCACCUUUUCCACACUCACUUUACGGAAUUCAAAAUUACAAUGCUUGUCUUUCAUAAUUUGGUCAGAUAUACUUGAAUGUGUAGUGUCAGCAAGUUAAUGUUACCUUAUGCUAGUAGACAAGUAGGGUCAUUGUCUAUGCUGUUUUAGCUAUGUUAACGUUAUGUUAAAGUAUGUUGCAAGCUAAUGCAUAUACUGUAAACACGAGUCAUCUGUUGCGAAAGUUAUGUAGCUAAAUAAUACAAAACACAGAUUAAAAGUUGCAAUUGUUUUACUGAUAAUAAUGCAAUAUGAAACAAAAUCUACAAAUUUGGCAUAUAACAUUAGUUACAGGAAGGUGUUCCUAAUGUUUUGUACACUCAGUGUAUAUCCCCAUACUUUAACCACUAUGCUACAUUACACCUACUCUGACCACUAUACCAUAUACCUGUCCGUACCAGGCAAUACCAGAUUAUACACCUACUGUCACCGUUUAUAGAAACUACAAUCAACUGCACUCAAAUAUUCUUAUAACCCCUACGUCAGUAGUUCUUAACCAGGGGGCCUAGGACCCGAGGGGCCCUAGUGAGCUUUCAUGGGGUCCCACGAAAACACAGGAAAUAUCUAUUUGAAUUUUGAUGCCAAAUUCAAAACAGGAAAGAAAAACAACAGAGAAUAUAUAUCGGUCUCACACAGUAGUUGUAUUCCCAACACACCUAGCUCCAGUACUCCAGGUCAAACAGACACAGGAGAGCUCUCAGGUUGGUUGUUUCUAAUAGAUGAAGCACUUCAGAGAAGCUUCUCUCUGCCUGGAGCUGUGGAACACAUCCCCACUCAUCUGGAGAAGCAGUUCAUAAUUCAAACACUUCCUCCUUGCUACUGUAGGUUUUUAGUGUGUGUGUGUGUGUGUGUGUGUGUGUACAUUUGUAACAGUGUGUGCUGUUUUCACAUGAGUGCACCUGCACUGCUCUUCUUGUUCUGUCCUCCUUUAAGAGGUUUUGUGUUAGAAGUUGUUGUGAUGGAUCAGAUAGCAGGGUCUGUGUUAGUAGUUGUUGUGAUGGAUCAGAAAGCAGGGUCUGUGUUAGUAGUUGUUGUGAUGGAUCAGAUAGCAGGGUCUGUGUUAGUAGUUGCUGUGGUGGAUCAGAAAGCAGGGUCUGUGUUAGUAGUUGUUGUGGUGGAUCAGAAAGCAGGGUCUGUGUUAGUAGUUGUUGUGGUGGAUCAGAAAGCAGGGUCUGUGUUAGUAGUUGCUGUGGUGGAUCAGAAAGCAGGGUCUGUGUUAGUAGUUGUUGUGGUGGAUCAGAAAGCAGGGUCUGUGUUAGUAGUUGUUGUGGUGGAUCAAAAAGCAGGGUCUGUGUUAGUAGUUGCUGUGGUGGAUCAGAUAGAAGGGUCUGUGUUAGUAGUUGUUGUGGUGGAUCAGAAAGCAGGGUUUGUGUUAGUCUGCUGCUCACCUCACUCACAGGGGGACUCUGUCUUUCAGUGCUGUUAAUUUGUCCAAACAUCUCCAAUACCACAUUGAUUGUGUGUAUUAUCUUGCCUUUUAAUUAGUGGUAAACUGGUUGGCACAUAGGAGAGAUUUGGUACUGAGAUCUGCCCACAAACUGACCUAGUGGAACAGCUGUGUAAUGUGUGUCAAGUUUUAAUGUCACAUGCACAAGUACAGUGAAAUGCGUUUCUUGCCAGCUCUAAAUCCAACAAUGCAGUAAUCAAUAACAAUGUAAUGCUAAAAAUAACAAGGUAGAACAAAACGCGGCACUGUCAUAGGAUGCCACCUUUCCAACAAGUCAGUUCGUCAAAUUUCUGCCCUGAUAGAGCUGCCCCGGUCAACUGUAAGUGCUGUUAUUGUUACGUGGAAACAUCUAGGAGCAGCAAUGGCUCAUCCGCGAAGUGGUAGGCCACACAAGCUCACAGAACAGAGCCGCUGAAGCGCGUAGUGAAGGGAAAUCUUAAUUCUCCAGCAUACAACGACAUUCUAGACGAUUCUGUGCUUCCAACAUGUGGCAACAUGUGGCACAACUUUUCCUGUUUCAGCAUGACAAUGCCCCCAUGCACAAAGUGAGGUCCAUACAUAAAUGGUUUGUCGAGAUCGGUGUGGAAGAACUUGACUGGCCUGCACAGAGCCCUGACCUCAACCCCAUCUAGCACCUUUGGGAUGAAUUGGAACGCCGACUGUGAGCCAGGCCUAAUCGGCCAACAUCAGUGCCCGACCUCACUAAUGCUCUUGUGGCUGAAUGGAAGCAAGUCCCCGCAGAAAUGUUCCAACAUCUAGUGGAAAGCCUUCACAGAAGAGUGGAGGCUGUUAUAGCAGCAAAAGGGGGACCAACUCCAUAUUAAUGCCCAUGAUUUUGGAAUGAGAUGUUCGACAAGCAGGUGUCCACAUACUUUUGGUCAUGUAGUGUAUGUAUAAGGGUAAGGUGACUAGGCAUCAUGAUAUAUGUUGAACAGAGUAGCAGCAGCGUAUAUGAGGAUUGUAUGUGAGUGGGUGUGGGUGUGGGUGUGUGUAGAGUCAGUAUAAAUGUAUGUGCAUAUAAUGUGUGUGAGCAAAUGAUGGAGUGAGUGUCAGUGUGUGUAGAGUGUAGGGCCCUGUGAGUGUGCAUAGAGACUGCAAAAAUAAAAUACAAUACAAGGGUCAACUCAGAUAGUCCGUAUAUUGUUAGUCAUUUAGGUAGCUAUUUAGCAGUCUUAUUGCUUGGAGAUAGAAGCUGUUCAGGAGCCUGUUGGUGUCAGGCUUGAUGCACCGGUACCGCUUGCCAUGCGGAAGCAGAGAGAACAGUCAAUGGCUUGGGUGGCUGGAGUCUUUAAUGAUUUUCCAGGCCUUCCUUUCACACCGCCUGAUAUAUAGGUCCUGGUUGGCAGGGAGCUCGGCCCCAGUGAUGUACUGGGCUGUCCACACCACCCUCUGUAGCGCCAUACGAUCGAGGGCGGUGCUAUUGCCAUACCAAGCGGUGAUGCAGCCAGUCAAUAUGCUCUCAAUGGUACAGCUGUAUAACCUUUUGAGGAUUUGAGGGCCCAUGCCAAACCUUUUCAACCUUAUAACCUUCUUCACGACUGUGCGUGUGUGUGUGGACCAUUUUAAGUUCUUAGUGAUUUGGACACCGAGAAACUUGAAGCUCUCGACCCACUCCACUGCAACCCCGUCAAUGUGGAUGGGGGCGUGAUCGCCCCCGCGUUUCCUGUAGUCCACAAUCAGCUCCUUGGUCUUACUGACGUUGAUGGAGAGGUUGUUGUUCUGGCACCACACUGUGGGUCUAGGGUGUCUGGGAGGAUGGAGUUGAUGUGUGCCAUAACCAGCCUCUCAAAGCGCUUCAUGAUUACAGAUGUGAGUGCUACAGGGUGGUAGUCAUUGUGUCAUGAAGCCUUAGAGUUCUUGGGAACAGGAAUUAUGGUGGUCAUCUUAAAACAUAUGGGGAUUACAGACUGGGACAAGGAGAGGUUGAAAAUUACCGUGAAUAUGCCUGCCAGCUGUUCUGCGCAUGCUCUAAGAACACGCCCUGGAAUACCGCCGGGCCCCGCUUGUGCAUCUGUUUGUGUGUGUGUGUAUGUAUGAAUGUGUGUGUGUGUGUGUGGGGGGGGGAGAUAGGGCAAAGGAAGUCAGUUGGGGCCUUAAUCUGUCAGGCAAACACUAUAGAGCAGUUAGUUCAUCUCUCUCUCCCAGAGGUUCUGUUGCUGGGAGAAAAAUGGGGCUGAUAGAGGGACUAUGCUAUGUUAUUUGCAGCUACAGUGCAUUUGGAAAGUAUUCAGACCCCUUUUGGUCAUGUAGUGUAUAGUGUUUUUUUUUUAUUCUCGUAAAAGCAGUGUGUGUAGAAGUUCCACUAACCAGCGUAGUUUACAUUUACAUUUGAGUCAUGUAUGUAUACUGAUAAAAAAUAUAAACACAACAUGCAUACAUGUAGGCCUGCUGACUGCCCUUCAGAACUGUUUGAUGUGUAGAGGGAGGACUUUGCUUCCCCAGAGCACAUAAAGAGCUAUGGUUCAGCAGGGACCUAUCUAUAUCAGUAUGCAAACAGAGCCAGAGAGAAAGAGAGGUCCUGCACAUCAGGAUCGUGGGUUUGAUUCCCGCUGCGGCCGCCUAUACGAAAAUGUUUGCACGACUGACCGUAAGUUGCUUUGGAUAAAAGUGUCUGCUAAAUGACAUACAGAAAAUAAUCAGCUAUGAUGCUACAGUAGAGUUAUUCCUGUAGAAAUAUAAUCACUAGAACUCUCCACCGUGUAGGCCUACAGACCCAUUGACUUGAAUAAGGAGGGUCAGUCCUGCUGCAUCCAGCCUGUCAUUUUACUUCCUCCAAGCCUUUCUGAUUAGAACAAUUGGCCAGAACCAGAUGAGAUGUGGCAAUCUAGAGGAGUUUACAAGAUAAGAUCUUAACUGAAGGGAGGGACGUAUGGCUGCGGUGAUUCAGUCUCUCUCUUCUUAUCUCAGUCUGUAGGAAUGAGUCUCUCUGAGCCCCAGGCUGCUCUGCUUCACUCAUAAUGAGGCCAUCAGGACUGCUGUGUGUGUGUAUCCGUGUGUGUGAACAGAAAGAACAGGGGAUGUGUGUGUGUGUGUUUCUGACAGGGAGAGGGGGAGAUAGUGUGUGUAUCCAUGUGUGUGUGCUCUUACUAAAACUGUGUUCUGCUGAACUGUACGUUGUUCUGCAGUAGAACACUGUGUGUGUGUAGCCUGACUGUCUACAGGGGGUGCAGGGAUGUGGCCAUUUUAGCAUGUAAAUAUUGGUGGGCAAACACCCAAAAAAUGUGGGGAUGCUUGCCAGCAAAGCCACUACACAACAUUAAACAAUACAUUAAUUGCACUAUAACGGUGACAAACGGUGCCCACAAACUGUUAGGGCCUACAUAAAGCUGUCCCAACACCUUAACACUGCUACACCUGGCUAUCAGCGGAGCCUUGUCUGGCAGCGAAACAGUUCAUUCAGCCUCAUUUACUGCCUUUAAAAAAAGACAUAGCUGAUAUGGCUCACUUGCUUAAACAAAUGUGGUUUCUACUGACAGUUGAUGUACAAAUUAUGGCAUAAGGGGACGACAAGCGGAUAAGAGGCAAUCCGUCAUUUUGAUUAAGACAUUAAUGAGCGAGCUAGGACGGAAGUAGUCAAUAUAACUAUUUGUUCAGCACUUUUGAAAUGUACAGCGACAAAAUUCAGAACAUGGGCCGUUCUUACAGUGUUCUUCCUGUACACCAAGUCAGAACUGUAGGUUAAAUAAAGGGGGCAUAUAAGCAGACAAUGAAUGCUCUUACAAUAUUCGAUGAUUACAUUUCUCUAAAACAGGUUAUAGGCUACAUGUGCACCACCAAGUCAGAACAGUAGGCAAAAUUAAGAGGGGAAAAUAGACCAAAUUAUUAGGGUGAGGCACAUGGGCUACUAACAGCUUACUACACAACAUACACUUAGUAUUACUUUCUUAGCUACAGUAUACAUAUCUCCCUAGCAUAUUAUAUCAUUUAUGCAGCAGCAUAACACUAUAUCUUUGGACUCACCUUGUUGUGCUGUGCUCACUUGAACAGGAAGGUGGCGCAGCAGUCCGUCGUGGGCAAAUUUUGUCAUCAAACAUUGUCAUCAAAGUCUGGCGUUCUCUGGAUUUAUGGUGCUUUCAAGACAACUGGGAACUCGGAAAAAAACAAGGUCGAAUCAUGAUGACGUCAGUGAUCUUCAGGUCGUAGCUCUAUAAAGAGGCCUGAGUUCCCAACUUACAAUUCCGAGUUGGAUGACCAUUCAAAACGUAUUUUCCCAGUCGGAGCUCGUUUAGUCCCAACUUUCCAGUUGUCUUGAACUCACUGAAGUCAGAUUUCCCAGUUCCGAGUUAACAGUUGUUUUGAGCGUGGCAGAAAUGAUGCUGGAUUGACAGCAUGGCCAAUGUUAAAUGUUUAUCAUUUUAAGCUUGGAAAAGAGACCCUUGAACCCAGAAUUGGGACCACACACCCGCUCCACUGAAUAGCAGGCUAGUGAUUGCUUUGCAAUGCUUGCAGUUAGUCACUGACUUCUUCCAAACCACUCAUUGUUGAAUUUGCGAUUUCCGACUUGUUGUGUAAAGUUUAUCUAUAAUUUUUCUUAAUUAUUUGUCAUCAUAUGACAAGGAUUGAGAAGGAUUUGCCAGUAGAUUGUCGACUUGAUUCAUGAUGAUGACUGCUACCUUGCUAGCUAAGAUUUUGAAAGUAUGAUGUUGACAUGAUCAGUCCAAUCAAAGCUACUGUAGAUACAAUGUGAUUUGACAUAAUUUUAUUACAUUUACAUUUUAGUCAUUUAGCAGACGCUGUUAUCCAGAGCGUCUUACAGUUAGUGAGUGCAUACAUUUUUUUUUUUUUUUUUCAUACUGGCCCCUCGUGGGAAUCGAACCCACAACCCUGGCGUUGCAAACGCCAUGCUCUACCAACUGAGCUACAUCCCUGCUGGCCAUUCCCUCCCCUACCCUGGACAACGCUGGGCCAAUUGUGCGCCGCCCCAUGGGUCUCCCGGUCACGGCCAGCUACGACAGAGCCUGGAUUCGAACCAGGAUCUCUAGUGGCACAGCUAGCACUGCGAUGCAGUGCCUUAGACCACUGCUGUGGCCAAUGACCUUGAGCCUUCUUGGAUGGGCACUUCUACUGUAACUCUAUGGCUGCACCCAAGGGGCUUGAAUUUUCGAGCUCUACCCUUAUAUUUGGCAGUGAGGUAGUGUCCCCAUGAGUGACAGAACACUGAGCCAAUCACGGCACAACUAGAGAACAUUACCAACCCCUACGCUCCGUAUUUUCCACUGGCUGCCCCACCACCACAGAAAGAGCUAGGCUGAAACACUUGCAUUUUGGAGCUGCCUUACUCAAAAAAGCAAAAAAUAGACAAUGUGAGGCUUUAUUAACUCAAUGAUUUUUGUAUUUAUUUUGACAUUGUUUGCAAACUGAACUGUGACACGUAUUAAUGCCAAAAUAACAUGCAAAACAGGCAACCCCCCCCCAAAAUUGUUUUGUUUUUGUUUGUUUUUUUGCUAAAAAUGGGGGCUCUGCCCCACCUGCCCUGAAUGAUGGGUUGCCACUGAGCAGGGAAGAGGGAGAUUGAGAGAGGGGGAUGGAAGGACGGAAAGAGAAAAUGACAGGGGGGAGGUAGGGAGAGAGGGAACAAGUGAGGGGACGGAGGCAGAAGAAGGAGAGAAAAUGAGAGGGGGUGGAGGGAGGGAAUGAGAGUGAGAGAGAAGAUGAUAAAAAUAGAGAAUGAGAGAGGGGGAAGGAGAGGGAGAAGGAGAGAGUCAUGACAUUGUGUUGGCUGUUGAUUUGUUGCUCAGUCUGUUAGAAAUACACACACACACUCAGAAGUACAGUGCCUCACUGCCUUGCACACACAACCGUACCAUACCGUAGCGUCAUACUCACUGAGAUCUACAUUCCCACCCACGCAGCCUUGCACACACUGUUUCACUCCAGCACCGAUUGUUAGUAGAGUACUCCGUUAUACCAGACACACACUCACACCUCUCACCUCUCCUCUCUGUGUGUCCUAGAUUGAGCAGACCAACAGACCAAACCUGUCUCUGUUCCUCAUUAAGUACCUGAUGAUGUUGGUAGUCGGGAUCCCUUCAGUGUUCUGGGUGGGCAGCAAGAAGACCUGUUUCGAAUGGGCCAGCUUCUUCCAAAGACAGAGACGCAAAGAGUAAGUCUCUAAAACACGUUUUCUCUCCCUAACAUAAAUAGAUUUGCACUAUAUAACAGUCAUGAACAUCAAUGGGUGAUGUAUAGUGGUAUGGGUGAUGUGUAGUGGUGUGGGUGAUGUGUAGUGGUGUGGGUUAUGUGUGGUGGUGUGGGUGAUGUGUAGUGGUGUGGGUGAUAUGUAGUGGUGUGGGUGAUGUGUAGUCGUGUGGGUGAUGUGUAGUGGUGUGGGUGAUGUGUAGAGGUAUGGGUGAUGUGUAGUGGUGGUAGUGACAGGCCCCUUCUCUGCGCUCACCCCCCUCUGUGAUCAGAACAUUAACCCCCUCUCCCACCCCGUUCCACACACUUCUCAUCUACCACUCCACCUUCCCUUUCUCUCUCCCCUCCCUCCCUCCCUCCCUCCUCCGCCUCGCCCUCCCCUCCCCUCCAUCCCUCCCUUCCCCCACUCCGCCUCUCUCUCCCUUCUCCAGUAGUGUGGUCAACGAGAGUAGACAGGUGCUCCAGGAGCCAGAUUUUGCCCAGCUGCUCCUGCGAGAACCCAACACCCCCAUCACCCCCAUCGUGAAGAAGUCCAGGGGGACGUCCACGCAGGGCACCUCCACCCAAGCCUCCUCCACCCACCUGGCCAUGCUGGACGAGCCCCCCAGCGGGAGCACAAGCCGGGCAAGCAGCGUCCGCAGCACCCGAAGCAAGAUGAGCAGCUUCCAUGGAAGUCUUUAUAAAUCCAGAGAUGGCAGGUAGGGAUGGACGGGGAUAGGGGUGGGAGUGGGAACAGGGAGGGGGGGGGGGGGGGAUAGAUUGAUUUAAUUUAUUUUGGGGUUGAAAAAAGCCAGAUGUGCAAAGGGAGGCGUGUAGGUAAGGAUGUAUAGAGACGAGGAUGUGUUGGUCUGACAGGGGUAAGUGUUAACAACAUGGGGCAUUACUAUGUUACAGUGGCUUGCGAAAGUAUUCACCCCCCUUGGCAUUUUUCCUAUUUUGUUGCCUUACAACCUGGAAUUAAAAUGGAUUUUUUGGGGGUUUGUAUCAUUUGAUUUACACAACAUGCCUACCACUUUGAAGAUGCUAAAUAUUUUGGGGGGUGAAACAAACAAGAAAUAAGACAAAAAAACGGAAAACUUGAGCAUGCAUAACUAUUCACCCCCCCAAAGUCAAUACUUUGUAGAGCCACCUUUUGCAGCAAUUACAGCUGCAAGUCUCUUGGGGUAUGUCUCUAUAAGCUUGGUACAUCUAGCCACUGGGAUUUUUGCCCAUUCUUCAAGGCAAAACUGCUCCAGCUCCUUCAAGUUGGAUGGGUUCUGCUGGUGUACAGCAAUCUUUAAGUCAUACCACAGAUUCUCAAUUGGAUUGAGGUCUGGGCUUUGACAAGGCCAUUCCAAGACAUUUAAAUGUUUCCCCUUAAACCACUCGAGUGUUUCUUUAGCAGUAUGCUUAGGGUCAUUGUCCUGCUGGAAGGUGAACCUCCGUCCCAGUCUCAAAUCUCUGGAAGACUGAAACAGGUUUCCCUCAAGAAUUUCCCUGUAUUUAGCGCCAUCCAUUAUUCUUUCAAUUCUGACCAGUUUCCCAGCCCCUGCUGAUGAAAAACAUCCCCACAGCAUGAUGCUGCCACCACCAUGCUUCACUGUGGGGAUGGUGUUCUCAGAGUGAUGAGAGGUGUUGGGUUUGUGCCAGACAUAGCGUUUUCCUUGAUGGCCAAAAAGCUCAAUUUUAGUCUCAUCUGACCAGAGUACCUUCUUCUAUAUGUUUGGAGUGUCUCCCACAUGCCUUUUGGCGAACACCAAACGUGUUUGCUUAUUUUUUUUCUUUAAGCAAUGGCUUUUUUCUGGCCACUCUUCCGUAAAGCCCAGCUCUGUGGAGUGUACGGUUUAAAGUGGUCCUAUGGACAGAUACUCCAAUCUCCACUGUGGAGCUUUGCAGCUCCUUCAGGGUUAUCUUUGGUCUCUUUGUUGCCUUUCUGAUUAAUGCCCUCCUUGCCUGGUCCGUGAGUUUUGGUGGGCGACCCUCUUUUGGCAGGUUUGUUGUUGUGCCAUAUUCUUUAAAUUUUUUAAUAAUGGAUUUAAUGGUGCUCCGUGAGAUGUUCAAAGUUUCAGACUUUUUUUUAUAACCCAACCCUGAUCUGUACUUCUCCACAACUUUGUCCCUGACCUGUUUGGAGAGCUCCUUGGUCUUCAUGGUGCCGCUUGCUUGGUGGUGCCCCUUGCUUAGUGGUGUUGCAGACUCUGGGGCCUUUCAGAACAGGUGUAUAUAUACUGAGAUCAUGUGACACUUCAAUAAAGUCCACCUGUGUGCAAUCUAACUAAUUAUGUGACUUCUGAUUGUAAUUGGUUGCACCAGAUCUUAUUUAGGGACUUCAUAGCAAAGGGGGUGAAUACAUAUGCACGCACCACUUUUCCGUUAUUUAUUUAAUUUCACUUCACCAAUUUGGACUAUUUUGUGUAUGUCCAUUACAUGAAAUACAAAUAAAAAUGCAUUUAAAAUGACAGGUUGUAAUGCAACAAAAUAGGACAAACGCCAAGGGGGAUGAAUACUUUUGCAAGGCACUGUAUAUAUAGUCCCAGAUACCUGACCAACCGUCUCUCUCCUCUCCUCUGUCAGGUACACGGCGUUUAGUUUCCGCGGAGUCGAGGAUCGCCUCCCCUAUGGCAGCAUGCCCCUCCUCAACGACCAAUCAGGGUUCAGACACUGCAGCACCAACCGUCUGGACAGCAUAUCAAAGCACGGCUCCACCCAGGCCAUUCAGAGUGCCCCCGGCAAUGGAAUCCACAAAGUCCUAGAGGAGAAUGGAACCACGGCCUGAACUACCCCCUAGACUCUACCCCGUAGCUAAAACCCAUGCCAUCCUUUUAGAUAUACAACUAGGGGGUAGAGAUUGAUUUUGGACUGGGCAUACUAGACCUUUGUGUGACAGUUUGAGAGUAAGGAGAUUGUGAGGAAACAGGACAUACUGGACAGUUGUUUGAUAAUCAUACUUCAACAUGUCCCCUCACUCAACCUCACUAAACAUCACUGAUAAAUGAAGAUAGCAGACGACUUGGAUUCAGCGGACAGUGUAACUUGGACCUGCAGGUGUGAGACCUGACCCAAUAACACUGACAUGGAAGAAGAAAAAAUUGUAUUGGAUACAGAGGAGUAAUCUCUCCAACGCGGUUUGUUCUCUGUUCUGGAGUCAGCUCUAUGUGAAACACACUGUUCUGGAGUCAGCUCUAUGUGAAAGACACUGUUUUGGAGUCAGCUCUAUGUGAUAGACAUUGUUCUGGAGUCAGCUCUAUGUGAAAGACACCGUUCUGGAGUCAGCUCUAUGUGAAAGACACUGUUUUGAAGUCAGCUCUAUUUGAAAGACAUUGUUCUGGAGUCAGCUCUAUGUGAAAGACACUGUUUUGAAGUCAGCUCUAUUUGAAAGACAUUGUUCUGGAGUCAGCUCUAUGUGAAAGACACUGUUUUGGAGUCAGCUCUAUGUGAAAGACAUUGUUUUGGAGUCAGCUCUAUGUGAAAUACAUUGUUCUGGAGUUAGCUCUAUGUGAAAGACAUUGUUCUGGAGUCAGCUCUAUGUGAAAGACAUUGUUCUGGAGUCAGCUCUAUGUGAAAGACGCAGCGCGGGGAUCAGUUUCAUGUGAAGGACGUUUUACUGGGAAGACUUUCAAGAGCUUCUUAUCUAUCGGCAUAAGAGCGUCUGCUAAAUGACGUAAAUGUAAAUGUUCCACUACUCAGGGGGGUGAAAAAGGAUCAAUCUAAGGAUUUUAGAAUCUAGUUCGCUCCAUUAUUGGUCACACAAGCAAAUGCUGCCAAAGCACUCCUCUUCAAAAGCCAAUACUUUAUUCCUAUUGACUACAUUGUUUACCUGUACGAGAACCACUGUAGACGGGUCUCCAAAACCAGUUCUACUACUAUACAUUGAGGUACUUUUAUACGUCUAUUGUUUUCAUUGCACUUCUGAUGGAGGCAGUUAAAGGUACUGUAUGUGAGGAGUAGGGCCAGGAGUCUUUCCUGACUGUGAUCUGCCCAGGGGAAACUCAGGGUCCUAGUGAUGACGUGAAGGAGAUUGGGACAGUGUCCUGUCCUGUUGUCAAUCAAUUGAAAACAAUUGACGAUGAAUCAAUGAAUCAGCAAUUGUGAAGUGAAAGGCUGUAUUGUAUUACAGGAUAAAAGCUGACCUCCAAACUCCAGCCUUAUAGGUAGAAUAUUAUAGUGUUAUUUUCCCCUCCAGUUAGAAUUAGAAUCAGUUGUAUUGUUCCUCCCCUUCUAUGAAGUGUAUACUUACUUGUAUAGAUAAAUGUUAGCCACAACUUAUUCUAGUAAUGGCAACGUGAAUAGAUGUAAAUUAGAUUUUUUUGGAGGGGGGGGGGGCAUGGGUCAUUUGUGAAAUUUUUAAUCAACUCUUCUCAAAAUACAUCUGGGAAAUCUGUAAGUGGAUCUGUGCCCUAGCCUGGAAGCCAAACUGAAUUUCUCCAUUUCAAAAGUGAAUCAAGAGCGAUUCAGUUUGGAUCCAGGCUAUUCCGUGUCCUCCCAAGGAAAUAAAUGAAAUCAGGACAGGAAACUCAGUGAAGCCGUAUUUGUAACAGCCCUCCGUUUUAUUGAAAUACAUCGGAGUCAGGUUAAUAUAAUGAGCUCUCCACAUAAGAGUGGUGGACAGUUUCCAUACAUUAUUUGUUUGACCUUACACCUUAAAUAUUUCUGUGCAAAAAGAAUCUACAUCACCUGUAGUGGGUAUCCUCAGUAAAACUCCCAAACCGUUCAAAUAAAAUGAACAAGUCAAAAUUAAAAACUAAUCCAAAACAAAAAAAUGAUUACGUCUAUAACAUGCAAAACUGUACAAAUUAUUACAAAGCAAUCCUAGAAAAAAAAAAAAAAGUGUAAAAUGAUAUGAAAGAGCUAAAUAAUAUAGAAAGAAUUUCAGAUAAGACCUCACUGAAAUGCAAAGGCGUUUUCUUAAAAAAAAAAAAAUGGUUAGCAUGGUGGCACCUCAGCCUCAAACUACUACCCUCCAUCCGGCCGUUCACCCCUCACCUCUUCUCAUCCUGGAUUCAAAACACUUGUCUGAUUUCUUCCUCCUUAUUCCGGUUCUCCUCUUUUCUUCCAGCUGAAUCGUUUGACCGUUACGCCUAGUCACAGCUAGCUACACUAUGGCUAAAUUGAGCUCUUCUUUUCCAAGUGUAGUCUGUUCUGUCACACUCAUUUUAAUUGUUAGGAUGAAAAUAAUCAUUGGUUCUGACAUUCCUGAGUUUUUAAAAAAGUGGGAUGUACAAUUAAAGUCUGGUCCAAAAUACUCAGACUAAGAUAUUUCCUCUUUCUCAACUAAUACAUUCUACAGAUAAGGUCCAGCAGAUAUGAAUAGGGAGAGUUGGUAGCUUAAAAGGAAAUCUUAAGAGAAGCGAUUAAGUUAAGUUGAGACGGUUGAGUAAAACCAGCUUAGCGAGACAGUGACACUUCCAGAUAAAUUCUUAUUCUUCAAGCUCAAUAUAAAAUGGAUUUCUAAAAACACGUGGCAUGAGUAGGCAUACAUGGCUGUAUUUUACAAGUGAAUAGAAUAUAAUUGUGGUUUAGGGUUAAGAUUUAGGACUCCAAUGGCAGGAAUUGUUGUGUCUUCUUUUUAUACACUUGAAAAUAGGAUAGCUGAAGGUAAACUGCAAUGUAUACUACUUGGUACACUUCAACCCACCCAAACACACUCCUAAACAGAAGGUCCCUUUCAGCAGUAAGUAACAACGGUAAUUCAUUGAAUGGUCUGUAACAUAACAACAAAUCCUCAUUAGACAUGAAAAUAUUUAUUUUCCAGAAUAAGAGUCCCCUUUCAAGAAUAAGAGUCCCCUCCCUUCCUCUUGAGAGAAAAUAGUCAGUUGUUCUAAGCACAUGACCCAAUGCUCAGAAACUAUAUCAAGUAAAUGAUUGUUUCCGUUCCACACAUAAAUAUGAUCAACACCACUGUGGUGUGGUUUGCAUUAGGAUUGGGGUCAAUUCCAUUUACAUUCAGGUAAGUAAAUAGAAAUUCAAAUUCCAAAUUUGUCUCAGAGAAGCAUUGAGGAAAAUUGGAAUUGGAAUGGAACUUCAGUUUACUCCCUGAAUUGACCGAAUUAAAAUGGAAUGGACCCCAAUUUUGGUCUAAAUGAAGGUGAUUGCAUUAACAGACAGCAAUACACAGAUUACCAGUUGAUAAUAAGAACAUAACAAUGACCUAAUUUGUAACAGAAAUGAAGUGUUGGCCUUGUCAUCCUAGCAUUUCUUUUACAUUCUUUCACUACAUUUCAGCCUAGUGCGGUCUGUGUAGUCAAAUCACCAUCUCUUUACAAUUGUCGUCUCUUUUUCCCCCCUAAUCUAUCGAAACAUUCUGAAAAAUAAGCAAGGCUGUCUGAAAAAUUAUGAAAACUCAAGAUUCAAGUCAUUAUUUUUUGGUUAUAACAAGCUUUCCAAAAUCUCUCUUAGAAGUCAAAGGAACAUAUUUGAGGUUCACAGGUCAGUACCACAGGGAAGGUUCACAGGUCGGUACCACAGGGAAUAGUAUGGAAAUACACACUUUGUGUUUCAGAAUCACUGUCAGUUUGGAAAUAUACAUCCCCCCUCAACUGAUGGAACAUAGCGGCCAGAGUGGAGGGGGAAACGCCUGUGUGAAUGCAUCUGUGAUAGGCCUAUCGCUUAAAAUAAAUGCACAUAUUCACUAAACAGCACGGGUCCACGGGUCCAUGUUUCCCCAAACACAAAUCAAAAUAACACUCAACGGUUUGUCUCAUACAUGAAAUAAAAAUAAUUUGUAAAAAAAUCUAAAAGCAAUCAUAAAAAGAACUGUGGUUUAAAAUGGCUUUCGUGUGAAUAUAACCCCAAAUCAUUCUGAAAAAAAUAAAAAGGAAUCCAUAAUCUUCUCCCAUCAUGUAUUUCUCUAUAGUAUUUCCCUUAUCAUAUAUUAUUCUCUACUUUUAACCUAUGUACAUUGUUGUGAUGGGAAUUUACUUUUUGUAAUUGAUCGGUGGUUGGUCUAUUACUGUACUUACGGUAGUAGGUCUACACUACAUGGAGAAUGGCCCAAUGGUUCCAGUUCAGUGGAUGAGGUCACUGGCCCAUGUCAUGAGGAAGUGGCAGAAGGAGCCGUGAUGUCAUCAUAGAAUGUUCGGUCUGCUUCUAAACGCUGCUGUCCCUAAGAAUUCUAGAACGUGAAGCCGGUGAGGUCAGGGGUCAACCUAGAAUUAAAAUACCCCUCAUCAUAGUUGUAUUUUUCCGUUGCUUUACUGUAGCUUUUCACUGAUGGUACAAACAAAUGAAGUCACUGCACAUAUUUCACUUUCAUGAGCAAAAUGAAAAAUAAACAUCAUUGCUUUUUUUUUUUUGUGAGCCUUGUAUUGUAAAUGGAAUGCCCCCUCUUCUUCUGAUGUUAUUAACUACCGUUCCGGAAGAAAGCAACAGAAAGAAAGCGAAAACAUCCUCUCUUUCUCCUCUGUGAAACACCUUGGUCUGAUUAAUAAAUAAAAGGUGGUCCCCCAAGCCCAAAGGGUGCUAUGUACACGUAUCAAAUUAUCUGUUGUUUCAUAUUCAUCCUCUUCUUCUUGUUGCGUCUUGAGGUUUGUGUGUCUCUUUACAGGAGUUGCCAAUUACAUGGGGAGAUACUCAACACGGGUGCUAGUAGUGCUGUAAUCAAAAGUACUUUCAAUUAAACUUAGCGCUUCGCUUAUUCUGGCUAUCAGCUACAAAGCAGAUGGAAGGGGGUGUCAAUUUUAAUUCCUAUAUUGUAUGCCCCCCUCAAAAACACACACACAGGCGUGCACACAAACAUAUGCAAGCACACACACACUCAUUUCGCACACACACACACACACACACACACACACUCUUCCACGCAUUAACUAACAUAUCCUCUCCAAGUAUUUCCUUCUUGGUCAAACACUUCCUUUCCCUGUGUUUGUUUGUAGAUCUCAGUUCCAGUCAAAGGUGAAGUAAGUAAAUGGGAGGGGCCUGUGGCAGCAGGUGCAGUUCCGUGGGCAGGGGAUAGGCGGCGCCAGGGGAGGGGGGCGGGCCCAGGGCUUGGUGAGGGUCAGGGAUUGGAGCGGUGUGCUUACUGUCACUCAUGUGUCCCAGCCGGUCAUGCGGUCUGUGCUCUCCAGAGAGAGGGACUUGGUCUUGUGGGGUGAGGCCGGGCUGGGGGGACUGCUGAACGUAGAACUGUUGGACGCCGUGGAGUGACGGGGCGAGUCAGAGUCCUGGAGAAAGAGAGGGGGAGAGAGAAAGACAGUAAGGGAGAGAGAGAGAGGCACUUAGAUGUCAUACUCUUCUCACAGCUAACCACAGAUCAGGCUUGGGUCACAUUCAGUAGGCAUGCAAUGCUGUCAAAAGGAUGGGAUACUCCCUUAACUUGUCUGAGAAAAAGAAUGCCAAUAGUUUAUCGUUUAAAAAACGAUUUCUCCCAUUCAUGCCUACUGAACACAACUAAUCUCUCCAAUAAGUUCCAUUAGAUCGGGGCUGGUCAACUAGUCCUCAGGGACCUCUGUGUGUGUCCUUUCAACCAACUGCUGUCAUCAUCAAUGCUGAUCUGCUGUUUGAUUGCUGAUGUGGACAUGGUGACAUCACUUCAUAUCCCAUCAAUCACACAGAGCGCUAGGCAACAAGGACUUAAUGCACUGGAAACCUUCCACAUCAACAGACAAUGAGCAGCUCGAUUGACCAGAAGUGGUUGGUUGGAACAAAGCGCCUACAUGAGGUCUUGUCUACUGUCUUCUACUACAGUACUCAGCAGUCAGUGGAGGUGGACCCAUUUAGUUUCAGCCCAGCUCAAAAUGCACCCGAUUCAAAUAAUCAACACAUACAGUGCCUUCGGAAAGUAUUUAGACCCCUUGACUUUUUCCACAUUUUGUCACGUUACAGCCUUAUUCUAACAUUUAUUAAAUCGUUUUUUCCCCUCAUCAAUCUACACACAAUACCCCAUAAUGACAAAGCAAAAACAGGUUUUUAGAAAUGUUUGCUAAUAUAUAAAAAAAAUAUAAUAAAUCUGAAAUUUACAUAAAUGUGAUUUGUCACAUGCACCGAAUACAACAGGUUUAGACCUUACAGUGAAAUGCUUACUUACAAGCCCUUAACCAAUGAUGCAGUUUUAAGAAAAAUAAGUGUUAAGUAAAAAAUAGUUAAGUAAAAAUAAAAAUAAAUUGAUUUAUGUAAAUGUCAGAUUUUUAAAUUUUUAAUAUUAGCAAACAUUUCUAAAAACCUGUUUUUGCUUUGUCAUUAUGGGGUAUUGUGUGUAGAUUGAUGAGGGGAAAAAACGAUUUAAUAAAUUUUAGAAUAAGGCUGUAACGUAACAAAAUGUGGAAAAAGUCAAGGGGUCUGAAUACUUUCCCAAAUAUUACCGCAAUUAGUUUCAUCAAGGGUGUGUGUGUGUGUGUGUGUUAGUGCUGGGGUGGAACAAAAGCCUGCAUACAUUGUUGGUCCUCCAAAAUGAUGAUAUGCCACCCCUACUAUAGUCCAGUGUAAUGUAGUGGACAGCAUGAUAUGCCACCCCUACUAUAGUCCAGUGUAAUGUAGUGGACAGCAUGAUAUGCCACCCCUACUAUAGUCCAGUGUAAUGUAGUGGACAGCAUGAUAUGCCACCCCUACUAUAGUCCAGUGUAAUGUAGUGGACAGCAUGAUAUGCCACCCCUACUAUAGUCCAGUGUAAUGUAGUGGACAGCAUUGAGAGACACUAGUUAGGGAAACCAGGUUUGAGAGCAUCUCCCUCCUUCACUGAAGGGAGGUAUAGUAGGUUUGCAAUAUUCCAGUAACUUCCCAAAAUUGCCAGGUUUUCCAGAAAUACCCUGCUCCUUUCAUCCUGAUUCCGGGAAUCUUCCAACUAGGAUUUCUGGAAAACCUUGCAAUUUUUGGAAAGUUAUGGGAAUUUUUCAACCCGUUAAGGGAGGUAGAGUGAGGGAGUUGUUUCUCACAGACAAAACAGUAGAGUCAUGUUUCACUUCUCUGGCUAUUUCUAAGUAGGCUACGGCUGUAGGAGCUACAGCUGUCCACCACAGCACUACUGUAGUUGGCAGAGAGGUACAUGGCCUA